AUGGAUGUCGCUACUCUCAGAGACCGUAUACAGUCGACCCUAGACAGCAAUGGGGAUACUAGGAGACAGGCUGAGUUGGACUUGAAAUAUGUGCGUGUUGGGUCUGCUGUCGAAUUUCUUGGACUUGGGGGCGCUGAGAACCAACCAGGCUUCCCAAACGCCCUGAUCGAUAUCCUUGAAGCUGAACAGGACCCUGCAGUUCGACUGUCGACGGUUGUGUAUUUGAAGAAUAGGAUUACUCGAGGAUGGGCGCCGGACGAAGAUCAUUCAAUUCACAAGUCUAUACCGGAAGAUGAGAGGCCAUCGCUGCGGAACCGACUUAUCCCCGUUCUCGCUUCCUCGCCGCCUAACAUACGGGUUCAGUUGAUCCCGAUCCUCUCCAAAAUUCUACAGUUCGAUUUUCCGGAAAAAUGGCCAGAUUAUAUCGACAUCAUGCUUCAGCUUCUAAAUGGCAGCGACGCCAACUCUGUCUUCGCUGGUCUGCAAUGUCUCCUGGCCAUAUGUAGGGUUUAUCGAUUCAAGGGCGGUGAGAUGAGAGGCGAUUUCGAUAAAAUUGUGGAAAUUUCGUUUCCUCAGCUGUUGAAUAUUGGGACACGCCUGAUUGAAGAGGAAAGUGUAGAAGCUGGGGAAAUGCUAAGGACGGUUAUCAAGGCCUUUAAAAAUGCUAUAUAUUUUGAACUUCCCGUUGCUCUUACCACGCAUCAGGCAACGGUCGGUUGGUGUACCUUGUUCUUAAGAGUGAUAGGAAAGAUUCCCCCAGCCAAUUCUAUGCAAGAUGACACAGAUGAACGGGAGCAAUCUCAUUGGUGGAAGUGCAAGAAAUGGUCCUACGCCAACCUGAAUCGUCUAUUCAUUCGUUAUGGUAAUCCCUCGGCAAUAUCAAAAUCAAGCACCCCUGAGUACACUGAAUUUGCAAAGAACUUCAUCACCACGUUCGCCCCUGAGAUCUUGAACGGGUAUCUUCAGGAAAUCGACAAGUGGGUUUCCAAGGGGCAAUGGCUGAGCAGACCAUCUCUGUCCUACACCCUUAUUUUCCUCCAGGAGUGUAUUAAACCAAAGGUCACCUGGGAGAUCCUGAAACCACACAUGGAUAAUCUCCUAGCACAUUUCAUAUUCCCCAUUUUAUGUUUGUCAGACGAGGAUAUUGAAAUGUUUGAGACCGACCCAUCAGAGUAUUUGCAUCGAAAGCUAAAUGUCUACGAAGAAGCCACCGUUCCGGGGGUCGCUGCUACAAAUUUCCUCGUCUCUUUGACAAAAACAAGGAAGAAGCAGACUUUUUCCAUCCUCACAUUUGUAAAUGGAAUUGUCAGCAAGUAUGAAGCUGCGCCCGAUGGCCAGAAGCUCCCCAGAGAAAAGGAGGGUGCUCUUCGCAUGAUCGGAACCCUUUCGUCUGUUAUCUUAGGCAAAAAGAGCCCCAUUGCGGAUCAAGUGGAGUACUUCUUUGUUCGCCACGUUUUCCCCGAGUUCCGCAGUCCACAUGGAUACCUACGGGCACGGGCCUGUGAUGUUCUAGAGAAGUUUGAACAGCUGGACUUCAAGGACCCCAGCAACCUGAUGACAAUCUACCGCAACAUUCUCGACUGCCUGGCCGACCCUGAUCUGCCUGUAAGGGUGGAGGCCGCCCUUUCUCUCCAGCCGUUGAUCCGCCAUAGCAUAAUCCGGACCUCGAUGCGAACAAAUAUCCCCCAGAUUAUGCAACAACUUCUCAAACUUGCAAACGAGGUCGAUGUUGACGCCCUCACUAAUGUUAUGGAAGAUUUUGUUGAAGUCUUUUCUGCCGAGCUUACACCGUUUGCCGUUGCCUUGUGCGAGCAGCUCAGGGAUACGUAUUUGCGUAUUGUCCAGGGUCUCCUCGAAAGGAAGUCAAGCAAGCCAGAGAACGAUAUGUAUGGAGAUCUACUAGAUGACAAGAGUAUCACAGCUAUUGGCGUAUUACAGACUAUCGGUACCUUGAUUCUUACCCUUGAGAGCACCCCGGACGUUCUUCUACAUCUCGAAAGUGUCCUCAUGCCUGUGAUCACAAUCACACUGGAGAACAAACUGUUUGACCUUUACAAUGAGAUUUUUGAGAUCAUCGACUCGUGCACAUUUACCGCCAAGUCCAUUUCUCCAAGCAUGUGGCAGGCCUUUGUGCUCAUCCACAAGACAUUCAAGGCCGGCGCCGAGCUUUAUCUUGAAGAUAUGCUCCCUGCUCUCGAUAACUUUGUGACAUAUGGUGCUGCUACUUUAGCCCAGAACCCAGAAUACCUUGCUGCCGUCGUCAGUAUGGUGGAGGACAUCUUCCGGGAUGAGAAGAGCGGUGGUGUAGAUAGGAUCUGUGGCUGCAAGCUUGCAGAGGCCAUCAUGCUAAAUCUGCGCGGUCACACAGAUCAGUAUAUCCCUGUGUUCAUCGGCCUGGCAAUGCAGGUUUUGAGCAACGACGAGACCCAGACUAAAUCAUACCUAAUCCAUCUGAUGGAAAUGGUUAUCAAUGCGAUCUACUAUAACCCCGGCCUCUCACUCCAAGUACUUGAAGGUGGCCAGUGGACGAACAAAUUUUUCAGCACCUGGUUCUCGAAUAUCGACAACUUCAAGCGGGUUCAUGACAAGAAACUGUCGAUUGUUGCCAUUUGUGCUCUUUUGACUCUCAGAGCGGAGGAUGUUCCGGCUAGCAUCCAGCCUGGAUGGCCACGCCUUCUCCAGGGAGUCACUCGCCUAUUCCAAACCCUUCCAAACGCUAUAAAAUUGCGGGAUGAAGCAGCCAAAGACGCUGAUCUCCCAUACGAUGAUGAUGAUGGUGAUAACGACUGGAGCGGCCGUGACGUGGAAUGGUCAGAGCAGGACGCGACUGAAGGACCAGAAGUUGAUGUGACUGAUGAAAGCUCAGCUUACAUUGAAUUUUUACAUCAAGAGGCUAUGAAAAUUGGGCAUGUUCCCGAGGAUGAUGACGAAGAUGAUCUUUAUGAAGCAAGCCUACUAGAGUCGCCGCUUGACAAAAUUGAACCUUACGGCCUCUUCAAGAGUGUGUUAAUGAAUCUCCAACGAGAGCAACCACAUUUAUACGAGAACCUGACGAAAAUCUUGAACCCCGAGGAACAGCAAAUAAUCCAAGGCGUGAUUAACGAGGCAACUUCAAUAGCAUUGGAGGCCCAAAAGGCUGAAAAAGCGAAUGGAGGUUCUUAA